AUUGAAUUGAAGUAAAUCAGACGUAGUAGAAGAUACAACAAUGUGUCGUGUCGUACACAGAGUGAAAAAAUAGCGAAAUAAAAGAAAAUAUAAAUAAAUUCUAAUUGAAAAUUAAUUAAUAAACAAGAGUUAUUGAGCUAAAGCAAACAUUUUAAACGUAAAGCUUGUCUGGAACGGUGGUGGUUAAUAUGUCUGUGAAGGCAGACAGGCCAAUAAUAAAUUAAAACGAUAUUUUGUGUGUUUUUAAAAAAUUAAUUUGUUGCUUUUGUUAUUAACAAAAAAAGAAGUGAUGUAAAAGAAAGUAUAACAAAUUAUUUAACCAAAAAAUUAGACAAAAAAUAAUUAAAAAGUGUUAAUAACUAUUUAUGAGAAACAAAUUAAUGGUUGGUGUUUUAAACAUAUUUUUGCAUGCCGGUUGUUAAGUUAAAGCAAGUGAUAACUAUAGCAACAACUGCAAAAACACUAAUUCUUAUCAAUAAAUAAAAAACGAAUUAUUAAAAAUUUAAAACAACAAAAACAUUCCCUGCACUACGGCAAUGGGCUGGCAGAAAAAAAUGAACUUAACAUUUGAUAACUAUAAAUUUUAACAACAAAAACCACAAUAAAACAUAUAAUCAUUACAAAAAAAAACUAUAAAAAACUUACUGAAAAAAUAAAAUAGUUUAAAGUACAAAGUGCAGUAAAAAAACAACAACAAUAAACAAUAUAAAUCAUAAAGCAACAACAGCAGACAUCAGCCGAACACUCAGCUGCAGCAUAAAACCGGCAACAACAAAAAACAAUUCUUUUCUUCCACAUACUUUUCUUGUUUCCUUUUAUACUCUUAUCCACCCCAAAAAUACGAACAAAGUUCAUGUUUUAGAAUCCUUUUUAUUUAAUAUUUUUAUAAUAUUAAUCCGCCCGUCUCCUAUCAUACCACUAUCCUAUCCUCCCUUCCCCUCUUUCCGCGUUUCCUGGGCACGGCCACGUCAUGAUAACAACAGUCUUCAAUUUUCUACAGGGAGCUCUAGAGUUCUCUCUGUUGGGAUGUGCUGAAGCGGCCUCAUUGGCGUUUCUACUUUAUUUGUUAUAUGCUAAGACCAGAGCACCCGCCAUUAUUGCUGGUAUUUUUCCCAAUCUUAAUUUGAAUCUAAACUAUUAUAGAUCAUCAUUGUUAAAUGAUUUUCUUAUAACUAUUAGAAGUGGUUCGAAAACGGAACCAAAACGGGAAAAUGCUUUGGCACAUGGUGUUGGUACACAGAAUAUGCUGGAAUUGACACCACAUUCCGGACGGAAACCUUACAAUUCGAUCUUUGAUUGGGGUGUCUAUUUUCCAUAUGUGGCACAAGCAAAACGCAGUAAAAAAUUUCAAUAUCCACAGGUUUCGUCAUUAGUACAAAAAGAUCCCAUAUUGCAAAGAGCCAUUAAACAGGCAGCAGAACAAAUUUUGCGCGAACAACAAUUACUCAAGGAAUGCGCAGAAAAUGAAGAUCUCAAUGACAACAAAAAAACGAAUGCUGUUGGCUCAAAGUCGCCGUCGGAACAGGAUGAUAGUCAAGAUUAUCAAAAUAUCAUAAAUCGUCAGGAACGAAGAGCCAUUUCCAUAUUAAAGGACAUGCGUUCUACACUCAAUAACUUUUUAUUGGCUUUUACUUCUUGGUUGUUGUACAAACUCUUGCCCUGUUUCCUAUCCGGUGUGGUCACGCAUACCCAACAAAUUGAAAUGUUAAAAGCUGCCUCUGAAAAAGCUCCUGGUAUACCACUAAUAUUCUUGCCUUUGCAUCGCAGUCAUUUAGAUUAUAUAAUGGUUACGUUCAUUUUAACCAACAAUGAUAUACGCAGUCCUCUAGUGGCUGCCGGCAAUAAUUUACAGAUACCGGUAUUUGGUGAACUAUUAAGAGGUUUGGGUGCCUUUUUUAUUAAACGUAAAAUUGAUCCUGUAGUAGGCAAAAAGGAUAUACUGUAUCGUGCUAUUUUACAUCUUUAUUUACAACACGCUUUGAAAAUGGGCCACAAUGUGGAGUUCUUUAUUGAGGGAGGACGUACGCGCACCGGAAAACCUUGCAUGCCUAAAGGUGGCAUAUUAUCGGUAAUUGUUAAUGCAUUUAUGGACCGUAGCAUACCGGAUGCAUUGCUGGUGCCGGUGUCUGUAAACUACGAGAAAAUUGUCGAUGGUAAUUUUGUGCGCGAACAAAAGGGUGAAAAGAAAGUGCCAGAAUCGUUUGGAAAUGCCAUAGCGGGCAUAUGGAAGGCCCUCAACUCAAAAUACGGUUUAAUGCGCAUCGAUUUCAAUGAACCCUACUCAAUCAAAGAGUUAGUACAAUCGUACAAUAAAAUCGCCAAAGAGGAUGGCACGCUAAAGAUCUAUAAACCAUCUGCUCGCACCCUACAACACAACCAAUCUACCUCUUCUCUUUACGGCACCGAUGUCGUGUGUGAAGAACAUCGCAACCUAAUUGACAGUAUUUCACGACAAGUUGUUUUCGAUUGUGCUGCCGCUACUUCAGUUAUGUCAACGAAUGCUUUAGCAUUUUUACUUCUAACACGCUAUCGUCAUGGAGCUACACCGCACGAAAUUGCCAAAGGUCUAGAUGAUUUGCGUAGCACUUUAAAGGGACGCAAAGAUCUCGGUUUCUCCGGAGAUUCAGUACAUAUUAUUAAUUAUGCCACCGAUUUAUUGGGUGAAGAACUAGUACAAAGAGCUAAAAAUGAUAUUGGCGAAGUGAUUAUACGUCCCAAGGGCAGUAUUGAGAGUUGGAUAGAAUUGGCCUACUAUUCGAAUAUGCUAACGCCACACUUUGCUCUGCAGUCUAUUGUAUUGACAACGUUCCAUGCCUUGUUGCCCAAGAAAUCACAAGUUAAUGAGGAACAGUUUAAAAAGAAUGGGCCUGGUAUUUCACGCAAAAAGUUAAUAGAAACCGCCUUGGAGAAUUGUGAAGUUUAUCGUUAUGAAUACAUUCUUAACAAACCUACACAAAAUUUGGAAAAUAUGCUCGAAACAGCCUUAGACGAAUUAUUAAUGCAGAACUUAAUUAAACCGGCACAGAUUGAUGAACAAACCGAAGGUACUGUAGAAACACGCCGUAUGGCUCGUGCUAUUGCUACUUAUAUUGAAAGUAACGAUAUGGACGAUGAUUAUGACGACGAAAACGAGGUCUUGACUAAUAAUUAUGUGAAUGCCGAACAAGAUGAACCUGAUUUAUUCUUAAACAAAGAAACAAUAGUGCAACAAAAGGCUUUAUGUGAAGUUUUGGCACCAUUUGCUCAGACAUAUCUAUGUGUGGUGGAAUCUUUAUUCAUACUCUAUAAAAACUCUAUGCUAGAAACAGACUUUAUUAAGUUUGUCAUGAAAGAAUUGAACAACAAAGUUAAUACACACAAAUGUCCUUAUGCUGAAAGCAUAUCAACCGAUUCUGUUAGGAAUUGUUUAAAAGUUCUCGAAAAAUGGUAUGUGAUUGAGAUAAGCAACCAGUGUGGUUUACGUCUUUUGGCCUUGGGAACGCUGUACGAAACGUCACGUGAUUCUUUGAAAAAUAUUGUACAACGUAUAACAAAUAUUGUGCCACUGUAUAAUAAUGGUUACUUUUAAGUUCUUAGUUUGAUGAUUUUUUAUUUUGAAAAAUCAUUUUCUUUUUUUUUUUCGUUUUAAUUUCAUUUUCAAGAGGCAUACCUAACCACUGUGUAAAUUGUUUCUUUCAUUUUCAUUCAUUGCAUUACGUUUUAUUUUUUUUGGUUUUCAUUCUCUCAUUUAUUCUCCUGUAUUUUUCAUUUCCUUUUAUAAUAAUUUUAAGUACUGUUUAAAACAGUUUAUUUAGGAAUUAUAUAAUUAUAAAUGCCAAAGUUCAAUUUAUUCUAAAAACAAGAAAAAGAAUUUUGUAUACAAAACGUAAUGAUUAAAAUCAUUUAACAUCUAUGACAUUUUUUUUUUU